AUGGGUGAUUCAAAGCGAUCAGUGAAAAAUAAAGCUAAAGUUGAAGGAUCAAUAUGUGCACAUUAUUUGCAUCGGGAAACAUCACAUUUUUGCAGUCAUUAUUUCAAUCAUUUGAUGUUAACUCCAAGAAUCAUAAGGAAUGAAUUUGAUGUUAACAAAAGAAGUCAAUUUACCUUGUCAAUCUUCGGUCUUCCCGGUCGCCCUUCUGGAAAGGAGAAUGUGCAUUGGCUGACCCAAAAAGAAUUGCAAUCUGCACACGUUCAUGUUCUAAUCAACUGUAUUGAAGUUAGGCCAUAUCUUGAGGCAUUUAACGCCUCCUAUUUUCAAAGCACCGGUGAACAAGCAACUACCGGUCACAUACAUGCAUCUUUUCCAGCAUGGUUCAAGGAUCAAUUGUCAUGCAUUGUUGCACCGACUCAAGAAAUACUUCAUUUGUGA